AUGCGCCGGCGAAGAAACAGCAACAUCAAACAUGAGCAAAACACAAUAGAGCAACCUGGAACAUACGACCAAAAAUCCCAAGGAGACGGAACAGAGAAGCAAGAAACGUUCCCUCAAGACGUGAAGGUGAUUUACCAACAUCACAACGCAAUCCAAGAACUCCCGGGCGACGACCCACCUCAAUCAUCGAUGAUUUCCGAACUCGAUUCAAUCAGGCCAGUCUCCGAACUCGAGUACAUCGCGUAUAACGGUGAUCGUUCGGCAGCGUCACCUGGAGCCAGAGUCGUGUCGCCGAUACUGCCGAACAUUGUUGAGAUGGGAGAAAGAAAGUCAUCACCUCCACCAGACGAUGUUGCGUUGCCAGCGCAAGAUGGUGACGACGGUGCGAUUCCGGAUUUGUCUGACAACAACCGCGCAGCUGGCACAGCGCCACAGAUCGGACUGGCAGUGUUUAUGGUCGUUGCCGUCAUCGCUGCAGCUAGCAUGAUGUGGCAUCUCUUUGGAUGCUGGCGUGGCAAGUACAGGAGAUGGGUUGAGCCAGAGGAUGAGCGUGGCACACAACUAAAAGAUCUGUAUACGCUUCCGCUUAGUCUAGAUGGAGAUGAUUGGGUGGCGAUUGAUCUGAAUGACGUGGGUGAUGCGAAGGACGGGAAGGUGGCGAAGUCGCUGUGA